ACAAAUGUUGUUCAAUCAAAAAAAUUGUACUCCCCUGAAAAGUCUGGCCCAGAGCCCGCAAAUAUUAUAUAAAUUUUCAGCGACUUUAAGUUAGAAUUUCUAGUUAUUUAUUUAUUUAUUUAUUUUUUCCCCCAAGAUGCCUUAUGAUCCGGAAACGGACUUUCCCGAGGCGUGGAAGCUAUGCAAACCCUUUAUGCUCACCGACGACCAUCUGCUAUCAAUCCGGAAUUCGAUGAGCCGUGAGCUACUCAACGGUCUAGUAAGGGACACGCACGACCGCUCGUCGAUACCAUGUUACCUGAGCUAUGUGCAGCAUUUGCCAACGGGACGUGAGCGUGGUCGAUAUCUUGCGCUUGAGAUGUGGCCCACAAAUUGCCGCAUUAUGCUAGUCAAGUUCGGCAGCGAGAAGGACGUCUACAUGAGCUCAAAGUGCGUCAUUGUGCCACAUACGAUCGCCGCAUCGCGUGGCACAACGCUAUUCAACUUUCUGGCCCAGAACAUUGCGGUCUUUGUAAGGGAGAAAAAGGUUGAGAAGGACAAUCUGCCUAUGGGCAUUGCCUUCGCCUUUGCAUUGAACAAGUUGUCCCUGGACGUGGGCAUUCUGGUUAGCUGGACCAAGGGAUAUGGUGCCCAGGGAGCGGUGGGCAAGAAUGUGGUGCAGCUGCUGCGUAAUGCCCUAGACGAGUACAAGGAUAUUUCUAUAAAUCUGAAUUCCAUUAUCAACAUCGCUGCCGGCUCGCUCAUGGCCCUCGCCUGGUCGCAGACCAACUGUAAGAUGGGCCUUAUCAUAGGCACCGUCACAAAUGCCGCCUAUGUGGAGCAGAGUGUGGAGUGCGAAUUGUAUGAAGGCGAUGCAAGCGUCCCGCUGAUGAUCAUCAACACCGAAUGGAACAACUUUGGUUCCAAUGGCCACUUGGACUUUAUACGCACCGACUUCGACAAGAUUGUCGAUGCAGAGUCCAGUAAUCCGGGCAAAAGGUAUUAUGAGAAGUGCAUCAGCACCCUAUACCUAGGUGAGCUGGUGCGCCUCAUUAUAGUGCGCCUCAUGAAUAUGGGCGUCAUUUUUCGGGAGCACAACCUUGAUUAUAUGGGCAUACAGUGGAAAAUGGAAAUGAAGUCGAUUAUGGCCAUCGAUUCGGAUCCGCCUGAUGUUUAUGUUAAGGCCCAGGAAGUCAUGGACAAGUUCCGCAUGCGCAACUGCCAGGAACGCGAUUUGGCCACGCUCCGCUUCAUCUGCCAAACAGUGAGCACCCGCUCCGCCCAGCUGGUAGCCGCCGGGGUCGCCUGCCUGAUCAAUCGCAUGAAUUAUGCAAAUAUUUCGAUUGCUGUCGAUGGUGGCAUUUACCGCCUGUAUCCCAGAUACCAGGAGGUCCUCAACAAGCAUACCGCAACUUUAAUCAAUCCCGACUUAAAGUUUGAAAUCACCAUCGCACAGGAUAGUCCUGGCGUGGGUGCUGCCAUCGUAGCUGGUCUAGCGUCUACUCUUAACCUCAGACAUAUAUCUAAAUCGUAGCCUUCAAAU